CCUCUCAGUAUGUAACAAAGAAUUUUUAUUAAAUCUCGAUAACUCAGAAUCUUCGGUCUUCAAAUUACGCAUUUGCACAUUGUUAACACUUUUGCUUUCAGCUUUCAUCUGUUUUAUCUUUUCGCUUUCAUGUUUUAUCGCUUUCAUCUGUCGCGUUUUAUGUUGUUCCGCCUUAUUAUCCUUACAUUUUCUUUUAUCUAUAUUACGGAAUACCCUUUUCUGCCCAACCUACAUAGUAUAUAUUUUUCAACAUUGCUAAACACUACUUUUAUUGAAGUGGUUUCUAGAAAGAUUUGUUUCAGGGAUGGUUCGAGUUACCCAAAACCUCGACUCAGAACCUCACCCAUCCUUAAUUUAUAUCAAUGGAGAAAAGCAAUUAAUUUUUUGUUUAUUUUUUAGAGAAAAACAUUAAAACAUAAGCACAUUCAGCCCGUUUUUUUAUUUCUAAUUUUCAUUGUUUUCGAAUGCUUCUCUUUAUUUUAAUAGCUUUUUUACACUUUUUUAGGUCAUUACCUCAGCAUUUUAAUCCACUUUUACGCUUUAUUAUACUCAUUAAAAUCCUCCAAUUUUCUCCAUUCUCUUGAGGCAUUGAA